AUGAGUGUGCUCAAAAAAGCAGAGGAAUAUGUUGAAUGUGUGGGAUUCAUCAUUACAUUCCCACGACCUUCUCAGGCAGAAUUAGUCGUGCCUUUACUAUACCAGCUUCGGAUAAUCAGGCUGUUGGCUGAUGUAAUCGAGGUGCAAGUGGAUGCGAUCAGCCAAGGUUCGAAAGUGCUAUUAGUGGACGAUCUGUUGGCAACGGGCGGAAGUCUGAGGGCAGCCGUUUCACUGAUUGAGAAAGCGGGUGGCGAUGUUGCAGAAGCAUUUACACUGAUCGAACUUGCCUAUUUGAGUCCGCGGAAGCAUAUCCCCGAGCAUAUUCCCAUCUAUUCGCUGAUCACAUUAACGGAAUGA